AUGCUGCCGUUAGGAGGAGGCGGGGCCAACAACUCGCCGCUGUGGCCGCAGGUAAAGAUCGAACCACACGACGGAGAUGACGGCCAAGGAUCCAGCCAUCACCACAGCGUCCUGGGGGGAGAUGUGUUUGAGGAGGGGGGGCCAAUGUCCACCAUGAGCGAGUCUGCGGGGGCCAUGGCUGCGUCUCCCGGGGGCGCCGCCUCUGAAGCCAGUUAUGGAUCUCAGUCCCCGGACUCUCUGAUGGGGCCCUCUCCAGUCUUUAACCAGAGGCCCCGGAAACGCAGGAAGAUGUAG